AUGGAUAAUCGAAAGUACUUCAAUCAGGAAGGCAAGGAGGCGAAAAACUUCUACCACCUGUCGGAUAGUGGUGGCGAAUCUCAGAGAAGUCCUCCUAAAAGACCCCCGAUUGGUGUAAGACCACGCUGUUUACAAUCGCAUGUGUCGCAACGUCAAAAAUCGUUAACCAAAUCAGGACCCCGUGUACGGAGUGCCUCGACGGGACGUGAUAAAAAAUCCGAACUACAGGCUCGGUAUUGGGCUUUUUUGUUUGGCAACUUAGAGCGCUCGGUAAAUGAAAUCUACUUAACCGUUGAGUGCUAUGAAAAUCUAUCAUCAUGCAAGGAAGCAAUAUUGGUAUUGGAAAAUUACAUUCGUGACUUCAAAGCCCUUGCCGAAUGGUUCAAGGUGUCCUGGGAUUAUGAGGCUACUCCUUUACCACAGCGACCUCACUCGUUGGCAUGGGAAGUACGGAAAAGCAAUCCAGUCCCGCGUGUCCGCAAGCAGCUUUCGAGUCCUGGGAUGUCAGGAAAAUCUAGUCCAAGCUUUUCUGGCAAAAAUAGUCCCUGCCCUGUAGCAGAAGAAUCCGGCCGAAUAAGUUCUCCCAAGAAACCACAUUCAUCUACAGAGAGUCUCAGUAAAAAGGGAAGCUGCGCGAAAUUGUCCCGACACGAAACGAAGGAUGCUUCAGUAGCGCCUUCCGAAGAAACAGUCACUACAGCUUAUGACAAUGGAGUUGUCGAAUCAGCUUAUGUGCUCAAACUCGACCAGUAUACUCAAACGAAUUUGGAGGAUGAAAACCUGACGCUGGCAGAAUACUUGGAGAAAUAUGAUAAACAGCAUUGUAACGGACCUGUUACGGGUGAAAGUGAAGGUGGAAAUAUUGAGCCGUUAGAGGAAAGAGUAUGCACCGAUGCCACUGUUGACGAGAAGAAGCAAAGCUUUCCAAGCGAUGCAAAGGGAGAACAUAUUGCGCUUAAAGGUGUAUCAAAGAAUGUUUCCGUCAUGAACAUGGGAGCUUCAUCAAAACCUAAUGCGCAACGUGGAGGAUGGCAGACCAAACCUUCCACGGUUCCAAAAGUAGUAGGAAUUCGUAGCAAUGUAGUUCGUCCACCGGUGCAAACGAGUUUGGUCCGUAAAUCGGCUACAACGGGCAGUUUGUCGCAAUCUAGUGUGAAGAUUGCUGCCAAUUUACCCGUCAAAAGUGCAACAGUGUCCAGUAUGUCGUCGAACACCGCUGCGGUAGCAAGGAAUAGAAACGGUAUCAAACAAACAUACCAGACUUUGAAGCCAGGCCCUGCACCGAGAUCACAAUUGGGAAGUAGUAUGGCGGCCGUUGCUUCAAGAUUAUCUGUCCGUUCAAAAACCAUGAUAGAAGUUACUUGCAACACAAACCGGACAAACCGGCCUUUUCCAUUUACCAAUAAGGCCCGCGACGAUUUGCAGCGACGUUCGACUACGAAACUUUCAUUCGAUGCGAACCGAUCCAAGGAGGACAUCUAUAGCUCUAGCUCAACGUUGAAAGCGUCCACCGAUCGGUUAGGUUCACGGAACUCCGUUGCAAGUGGUAGUACAGUGAAGCCAAAAAUGCCGGCUCAUGCGAAGACUGUUGACCGUCGUUCCGAACCAAAAUCUUUACCGUCGACGGCAGAUACAACUAGCGACGAUGGUUGGUAUACGGUAAAAACGAAACGACGGUCUAGUUUGCUUUGGGCGACACGCUUCAACCAGCCCACCGGUUAUGCAAGCUUGCCCACAUUGGCAUUGUUGGAUGAAAACAUCAAUAAUGACAUCACAGAGGUGGAGAAAAGUGGUCUACAAACCCCGAAAUUAAGCGUGAAAGUGAACGAGCUUAACAGUGAAAUCAAUCAUACGCAACGUGCAUCAAAGCGUGCGAUGGAAAAAUCGGCGAAACCUGCAACGUUACAAACUAGAGGCACGGGGUUAUCGAAAUGUACUGGGCCACCAGCACUUUCGACCACGUGUUCAAAAAUUGUAAAACCACCAUCCACCAACACAACACAGGCGAUUAAAGGGAUUCAUUUAUCUACAGAAGUGGACAGAUCCAAAAACCAACAGCUGAUGACUGCGAACAGUCUCGCAUCCGUCUCAAGGCAAAAGUCCGAUUUAACAGGUUUAAAGUUAAAAACAUUGCACAAGGAAUUUUUGCGUAGUGAGAAAAUGAGGUCAAAACAUUCGGAUCAACAACAACCACCUACACCGUCGAAUGGAGUCAAGUCUGUGAAUGAUAAUGCACAAUGCCCUGCACAAACGUUAAGCCCAACAGUGCAGGAGGGUGAUCAUUUUGGUCACCUAAACAUGGUUGACAUGAACAUUCAGACGAACAUAAGUAUCACAGCUAUCGAUAGUUUAUACGCCAGUUGUUUGGGCGAAUCGGCAGAGUUAAUGUACAGUGGUAAAAAAUCAAUCCCGCAUUAUGUCGACAUUGCCAGUCAAUGUACCAGUGAUGAUCAGGAAGAGCAAGAACGCGAUGAUAUGGAAAGUGACGAGGAUCAGCGCAAGCUGCUGGAGGAACAGGAAAGUUUGGAAGCUCAAAUACGGGAACUGGAAAAUACAGAAAUUGACUUCGAUACCGAAACCGACGAGACGGAUUGUGAAGCGAUCAUAGACUUCGAGGACACCGAUGCCACCGUUGAAAGUGGAACAGAACGACAGAACGAUUGUACGGGUAUGGAAGACGAGAAUGAUGAAGAAAUCACGCUGGAAGCACGUUACGAACACGUACUGGCAGGUAUGAGUUGGAUUGAUAGAGCUCGUACUCUCGACACGCUGAAGGCUAUCGUGGCACGUCAUCCCGGUCGUGCCCAGCAGCUACACGCCAAAUUGUCCAGUCCCUCCCGAAGGCGCUCACUGCAUGAAACGUUGAAAAAAUAUCAAGCCAAGCAGACACGAGCCCUAGAAAAGCGGCAAGCAUUGCAGAAGGAAAAGGCGCUUAAAAUUCAACAUCUACUAGCGCGUGUAGAAGACGUGAAAGCAGCCAAACAGUGCUUGAUAGAGAAAAAGCGAUUGAGAAUGGAGGAAAGAUUGCAGCGAGCGGCUGAGAAUCGUUCACAGUAUAUAAAGGAUAAAAUUAAAAAAGCUCACGAUGAGGAAGAAAAACUAAGAGAGAUAGCGUUCAUUAAAAAUCUUGAGGCACAAAACAAACGACUCGAUUUCUUAGAGUCUUGCAAAGAGCAGGAAGUACGGUUGCAGGAUCUUGAAACGGAACGACAGAAGCGUGCAGAAGAGAAAGCAGCCAAAGAAGCGGCAGUCGAGCGACGACGGCAGGAAAUCGAGCUGGAACGGCAAAAGAAACUACAGCAAAUGAGUGAAAAUCGACGGGAGCGGGAAAAACGGGUCGGAAAAAUGCAGGAACAGAAGGAACGUCAACGUCAAGCAUUGGCCCGUGAGAAGGCACGAGACCGAGAAGAACGUUUGUUAGCGCUGCAGCAACAGAAGCUGGCAACGGCAGAAGAGCUUCAGCGAAAGAUUAUUCAGAAGCAACAAGAGUCGGCUCGCCGACAUGAGGAAAAUAUCGAGCAAAUUCGUCAACGGGCCGUCGAACUGGCGACCAUUCCUAGUCGCAGUGCGGAUGAGCUGAGAAAUGAAGAGCAUGAUGAGGAAAACUCUAGCAUAAGCGAAAAGGAAAGUUCACAUGGUAACGGAUCAAAUGUGGUGCCCAAAGUGAACAAGAAACGAGUGAAAAAGUUACGCCAAAAGUUGGUAACUGCGGCAGAAGAGUAUCUCAACGAGCUUAAUCCUUUGGCACCGUCGAUACGUAAACAAAGCCAGGUGCCUCGUUUAUUAAGCACUAUCGCGAAAGGAGGAAGCGGUAUGUUGGGUGUUGAGCGACCAAUCGGCCAAUUGUUACGGUUGAUUGCUAAAGCGGAGGUGGCUGAUUUUCAAUCACUAUGGCUGUUGGAUGGUCUUAGCACGAUAGCAACGGUAAUUGAAAGCGGUCUAAAUCCUGGUACGGACGUGUCAAAGAAGGCUGUAGUUCUAUCGGUGCAAUUGUAUCGGAAUGCGUGUACAUUGUGUCCGCAAAUUGCACGGCAUGCUGUCUUAGGAAGUUCCGUGCUGGUGCUAUUAAAUGCUUUGUUGAUAUCUCUUAAGACGCCUGAGGAAAAAAAUAGUCUAUUUCCGGUGGAACUAUCGACAGAGCUUAUAUUGGCUUGUACUGUUGCUCUUUUGCCAACAAGUCCUUCGUCGAAGCAGGCGACACACCCAAAGGUAGCAGAACGGCUCCCAGAUCUUUUGAGCUAUAUCAUAAGCAUUGGGUUAGUGGAGAGCUUGGUAAGACGAAUUGAUAAGGUGCAUGAAUCAAUCGAACACGAAACUAGUCUUGUACUUUCGCUGUUGGCCUCCUUGGGACUGCUGACAAAGUUGGUUGAAAUAUGUCCAGCAGGUCCUGACAUCACCAAAUUUAUGCUGACGGCACGGUCAACGGAACUGUUCGGCACUAUAUCUCUACUCUAUGCUGCUGUUGUUCCCAUUGGUGAAAGCAUUCCUCCCAGAACGACUUCCUUGGCGGCGGCUACUUUUAAUCUUCUGGUGACCUUUGCCAACCUGAACGUUGAAGCGUUUCAGGCAGUAUUAAUAGAGCAAAAUCUCUCACUAAAGUUCCUCGACGUCAUCAGUAUACUAUUGCAGUACUGUGUCCCAAAGGCGGACAUAAAAAGUGAAACACAGACUGUGAUAAUCGACUUAAUAGCAACGCUAGGUUUCUUCUGUGCCAACAAUAAAAUCAAUCAGGAUUUAUUAACAUCUGAUCAGUAUAUGUGUGUGAUUAAAAAUUUCGCCAAGCUACCCAAGCAAUUUGACGUAAUCACAUAUCCAACGUUGGUCACAAUAAUUCAUGACAACCCAAGUGCCAGAGUCGUGGUCGGCAGAGAUUUCAAUGUUGAGCUGCUGGAUGAAUUUAGAAGAUCCGAUAUGGCGAAGAAGAAUCGCAUUAUAUCACUUCUGGUAUAG